GUAACCAAUCAGAGCUUGGAUAGCUCAGGGCGGGUGUCGGGCUCCGUGGGAGGCAGAAGAGAGCGGGGCUGCGAUUGGCUUAGGAUGGUUGGUGUAGCGAUUUUUGAAUUGCAGGGAGGUUGCCCGGGCUGAGGAGCAGAAAUAAUGGCAAAGUAUAAGCAACGCCGGCGGAAGCUGCGGGCCCGAGCAAAACUUCUAAUGAACAAGAAGGGAGAUGUCAUUAAACUGCAGUGCUUGAAUCCUCUCCCUCAAAGGUUAUUGGAUGGUCUUCCUCCAAAUCCCUCCCACAGCCAAAGUAGCACUUUCUCAGUCUGGCCAUUAGUCCUCCCCAGUGUAAAGGAUGCAGUAAGGCCCUUGGCAAUGACAGCAUCAUCUUUGUACUGGUGGUGCCAGAACAGUGUUGCACGGAGUUUUGAAGUCAUCAAAGACACCAUAUUUCCUUCACGACUCUACCUGCGGCAACUGAACAUGCUGAAGCAACACGUGGAAAAGCUGGAAAUUGAAUUUUCCAGACUACAAGGAGCGAUCCAGAUGAGUGGGACUGUUGUUAGUUCCUCAGAAAACUCUCCUUGCCAAAGAUGUAAUAAACCACUACUGGCUGUUCCGGUCUGUGCACAAAUUGGCUUGGCAGACCCGGUAUCUCUGCCUUCUGCAGGAGUGCUGCAACCUGCAUCUGCUCUUCCACCUCCAGCACCUCCUCUUCCCCCACCUCCACCACCACCACCACCUGCACCUUUACCACUCAAAAGGGGCAACAGCACAAAAGCACUUCAGGCUACAUCCGUAAAAGAUGGGCCCAUACAAAUAACUCUCAAGGAUCUCCUGAAUGUGAAACUAAAGAAGACACAGAAGUACACAGAAAGAGACCAGGCAGGAUCACCAAUGAAGAAGCACAGGGCAUUAAUUACAGUCUCAGAUUUACAAAGCAUUAAUCUGAGACCUAAAUCCAAGCUCCUACCAGCUCCCAUUACAAACCACCUAAUCACUCCCAGCAAAAAUCAAAUAGACCUUAGAAAACAUCUUAAGAAAGUCAAUAUUCAGAGGAGUCCUGGUGGAACUCCAUUAACUAACAAAGAGAACAUGGAAACUGGCACAGGAUUGACUCCAAUAAUGACACAGGCACUGAGGCGCAAAUUUCAGAUGGCUCACCCAAAGACUCCCUCUCCAGCUCGGUUACAUACUGCAAGCAGCUUUGAUGAACAGAACUAGAUCUGUACUGCAAUAUUUUUAUGUCAGUUGAGGGUCAGGUAGCUACUUGUCUAAUCCCAAUUUUAUAUCACUAAGGAGUAAAGAAUUUUAAGUAAGUUUAGCCCACAUAAAAAGUGCCAUUUUGAUGGUCCUCAAGAGGGAAGUCUUCUAUCCACAGAAGGUACAGCCUUCCCCAGAAUGUCCUAAUGUGUCUCCGUCUUCAUACUGGGGUACCUCUUCAAAUGAUGAGAAGAGAAUGAAGUCUCUUUGGUCUGUUGGAACAUUGACUUCUUCUGAAACUUCCAAAAGUGUUGUCUUUUUGUGAUAUAGAUGCAUAUGUACAAGGAAGUAAUUUAAAUUUAACGUUGUUUGUCUUACAUUUUUUUAAAGAUGACUUUGGGAAUAUUUGUAAUGUUAGAGGAAAAAAAUUGAAAAGAGGAAAGUAAUUUAAGACUCCAGUGUUUCCUGUAACAAAUAGGCCUGCAAAACUUUUUAUAAAUAAUAGUUAUGUGGCUCAAUAAGAAAGUAUUAUUACAGUUUUCCAGCAUGUACCAUUUUGGCUUGUGUUUAAAUUAACAUAUCCAACUUGAGACAACACUGUUUAGUGUUUAGAGCCAGGGGAUUGGAAGUAAGGAACCCGUAAGUUCCUGGCUCUCCCACUGACUUGCUAUGUGACCUUGAGCAUGAUCACUAAAUGUGUCUCAGUUUCCCCAUCUGCAAAAUUUGGUUUGUGAUACUGACCUCACAGGAAGGUUGUGAAAAUUAACUAAUAAUAUUAAUGAAAUGCUUCAAAAUGGAAAGCUCAGAGGUCCUAACUGGUGUUUUAGGAAUGGAAUGAACAUGCUUGGUUCCUAAACAAAUAUAUAGUUACUGUAAGCCACCUUAAACUCCUACUGCCAGUAUCCAGUCUUGUUUAUUCUAAUUAUUACAUGUUUACACUGCAUAUUUUCCACCAGUGAUUACACAUUUCCUAUUUUAUUAACUUGAAACUAAACCACUAAAA